AACCCCCCCCCCCCCCACACACACACGCACACACACACACACACUCACACACACUCGUCUCCUCACCCCCAGGAGUUGGACCGACCGGAGACGCGGCGCUGUGGAGACAGAGUGGCGACGGAUGUGGUCCAUGCGCGUUGCAGAGUGCACGGAGGUUUCGAAUGGAUCCGCACGCGCUUUUUAGCGCGCGCACCUGAUACCUGAACUUUGCUCGUCCGGGGGACCCGGCCCUCGGUUUCUCUGCGGACCGGACCGGACCGGACCGGACCGGAGCGCGGCAGCUCUGCUCGCCGAGCGGAUGCAGGACCAUGGAGGAGAGAGACAGGUCGCCAGCAGCCUGCCGCACGGCGUCAAGGCCAGCCUGUCCCUCUCGCCCUCGGGGCCCGCCCGGCCGGCGGCCGGCGGCGGGGGCGGGGGCUCCCCCACGUCCGCGGCGGGCUACUGCGGCGGGGCGCCCGUGGAGGACAUGCAGGCGCUGGCCAUCGCCUCUCUGUCGGCGGCAGACGUGGCCAAGCAGUACGAGCACAUCCGCGAGCUGGGGAAGGGCACGUACGGCAAGGUGGACCUGGUGGAGCACCGCACGCAGGGCACCAAAAUGGCGCUCAAGUUUGUCACCAAAAACAAGACAAAGCUCAAGAGCUUCCUGCGGGAGUACAGCCUGACCGGCUCGCUCAGCUGCAGCCCUUUCAUCAUCAAAGUCCUGGACGUCCUGUUCGAGACGGAGGACAGCUACGUGUUUGGACAAGAAUACGCCCACGCCGGGGACCUCUUCGACAUCAUCCCGCCGCAGGUGGGCCUGCCGGAGGAGAUGGUCAAGCGCUGCAUGCAGCAGCUGGGCCUGGCUCUGGACUUCAUGCACGGCAAAAACCUGGUGCACCGGGACGUCAAGCCCGAGAACGUGCUCCUGUUCGACCGCGAGUGCCGCCGCGUCAAGCUGGCGGACUUCGGCAUGACCCGGCGCGUGGGGUGCCGCGUGAAGCGGGUGAGCGGCACCAUCCCCUACACGGCGCCGGAGGUGUGCCGCGCCAGCCGCGCCGAGGGCUUCCUGGUCACCGCCAGCCUGGACGUCUGGGCGUUCGGCGUCCUGAUCUUCUGCAUGCUCACGGGCAACUUCCCCUGGGAGGCGGCGCUGGCGGCCGACGCCUUCUACGAGGAGUUCCGGCGCUGGCAGAAGGCCGGGUGCCCCGCGGGGACCUACCCGUCUCAGUGGCGCCGCUUCACCGAGGACGCCCUGCGCAUGUUCCAGCGGCUGCUCGCCCCCGAGCCGGACAAGCGCUGCGGCGUCAAGGACGUCUUCUGCUUCGUCAAGUACGAGCUGGUCAGCGAGCUGAGGCGCCGGGCGUCGUGCCGGGCCAAGAGGGGCGAGAGGUCGAGCUCGGGGGCGUGCGCCGGCAGCUGCACCUCCUCCUCCUCCUCCUCCUCCUCCUCCGCGGCGUCGCGUUCCUCGCACAGACACCCCGAGCCCUCCACGCCCCCGGGGACGUCCUGCAUGCGCCCGGCGCCGCUCAAGCGCAGCGUCCUGUCCGACCCGCUGUCCCCGAGGGAGGACCCCGGACAGCACCAGUCUCCGGCCCGGGACAAGAACAAGAGCCAGAUGGUGAUGGCGACGGCCAUCGAGAUCUGCGUGUGAGACCGGGUGGCUUUUCACAGGGGGGGGGGGGUGAUAAAGACUCUAUGGCCACGUCCCCAGCCGUGGGAAUGGACACCACCAGGAAGCGGGACACACUUGGACAGCUCAUCACUGGGCUCGUGCUGUUGAGCUCCUCUUCCGUGUUGGUGCCAGCGGUCCCAGACUUAAUUCUGUCUUUCGUCACUCAUCACUCAGUGUCUCUAGGACUUUGUGUCUCUUUUCCAUCUCAUCUGAUGCGGUGAUCCUUCCUCACGCUUCCCGGGGGGCCACUUCAGAUUUUAUUUUUUUCCAAAAGAUGGUGUUGUGAGGGGAAACAUUAGAAUAGAUACCUCCUACGUAGCAGUUUGUUUGAGACGUCUUCUUCUAGCAGGUGACUUAGAGACUGAUCACCUCGUAACACUCCAGCGGGUCACUUCCUGUUCUAUUAUUAAUGGAAACCCAUCGACUGGUCGGACUACUCACCUGUCAACGGAGAAAAAAGAGGCGUAGAAAUGUCUUUUUAUUAUUUAUUUUCUACCUGCCCUGUGAGUUUGUGUGUUUUCAAAUCCCAAAGCACAAGAUUUUGUAAUGUCUUACAUAGUAAAUGGAUUAUCUUUAUUGUAAAUAAUUUGAUAUUUCUAGGAGUGCACCAUGUUAUCAGGUAGUUCAAUCAUGUAGCGGUUUAAUCAUUUUCUACGACAGGAAAUGGGUAUUUAGGGUCUUGCAGGUUGGGGCAAUGCAUUGUCUGUAGCAGCAAAGCAUUAUAAAAUAACAUAAUGUACAUUAUAUAACGACAAAGUAAAUCUAUAGAAACAUGAAGCCUUUCACAAUGUAUAACAUGGUAGCAGCAGCAGUUUUUUUUUGUCGAACAGACAUCACUCAUUUCUGCAUUUUCCUCUCUUUAAGCAUCGCAUGAGCAACGCCCACCAUCGCGCUCCCCGACUAUUCUCACUCCGUCGGCUCCUCCUUUAAUCACCCGGGGUCAAGAUCUUCCCAAAUGAAUUUGCAAUCGCCUGCAAAAGGUGUUCCAAUAUCUGUCGUCGCACCGUGCGCUCGCCUGCAAUUUCAUCCGUUUCCCUGUCUGGGAAUUCACCCCCCCCAGCCCAGGUGCGUGUUAUCUGUACCGAGGACCUCUGUGUCAGCUGUAGACGUUCUGCGAGCUGAUGAAAAGACCCCGACCGGCGUUCUGCUUCAGCUUCCCGGAGAAGAUGCCGCUCAUUAAAAAAAGCAUCUAAAAAGCAGAGUACAUUCAAUGUGAACGCUUCAAUGCAUGCUCAUUACCAGCUUUUCUCUUCUUGCUUGAACUGCGGCGGUGUGUGUGUGUGUUUCUAUUUUCGUGUGUGUGUGUGCCUGAAUGUGUGCUAGCCUUCUCCCUCCUAAUUUCCGCCGCUCUUCCCAUGACAGCCCAUCAGCGCUGUCGCCAUGGCGACGGUGCCAGUGCUCCCCUGGUUCGCCUUCUGUCCUCCUCUUGAAAAUCAAGUCUAAUUGAGCCCAAAUGAAACAACUGGUCACCAAAACCCCCCCCCGCCCCCCGUUCACUCAGCCGCGGCGCCUCGUGAUAGUUUCUCAGCUUGUUAUACUGAAUGAUACGUAUUUUAUGAGCCACUUCUCAGAGCUAAUUCUUUAUCUACUCUCAUCUGGCAUAAUCCGAUCCAUCUAUUGAGGGCCCCUUUUGUCUCGCUCCAGUCUCACUCUCGGCUCUGCAAAAGGUAUCCGAUUGAGGCUGAAGGCUCGCGGGUGGAACGCGUUGCACGCUGCGAGGUCGGCUGCCUCGUAGGGUCUGUCUGAAGGGAACCCCCCCCCCCCCCCCCCCCGCUUGUGGUGAAGAGGAAAGCAUCCAUCCCCAAUGAGGGCUAGCAGCGUAGUAGAUGGAGACGGGUUCUGGAUGGAUGUGUUGAAGGUUCCGUGGAGUCAAACAAACGCAACUCAAUGUCCCCCCGAAAUGAAAUGUAGCGCAUCUCAACCUUACUUGAAGCAACUAAAUGUAAGGCGUAGCGUGCUUCAAUGACUUGGUUGCACAUUGCUGCUUCUCAUGGACUGUUACGACAGCAAUUGUCGAGUUUAACGAUGAGGUGUCAGACGAUGAAUCAAGUUUCAGUGAAGCGGCUUCCGUUCACUUCCGGUUGUUUCCAAUGAACAAUGAGCUGCUUUGUGCCAGCAGAUGUUGUUGUAGAAUCUAAUGUAUGAUAAAACUGUAUGUUCUGUGUCUUUAAAAAAAAUUAAAUACGAUUAAACAAAACAUGUUGGAAUAAAUUCCUGCAGCACAUUUGAGCUUAACGGGUUAUUAGGUUAUUCCUGUGGAUGUUUAGAAGUAUCGUGGUGGUAUUUCCUCCCGGCCUUUAGGGAAGGCACGUUCAGCCCCGGCUUUGUAAGGUUCCCAGACUCCACAUCAGGGGAAGGUCAGCUCCAAUCACAUGUGAUCCUCCGAGGCUUUGGUCUAAAUCGCCAGCGAGCCACCAGACUGUUCCAAUGUGCUCACUCCCUUCUUUAAAAAAAUAAAAGCCCAAUUAGCGCAUCUGGAGACAGCGGCUAUCUCGCAGCCCUUACAAAGAGCGAAGGAGCUCACGGACGGUGAGAGCACGGAACCCAACCCG